GCUCAGAGUUUGGCUUGAAACCCAAGAAGAAGAAGACAACGAUGAAAGCUUCGGAGGGGGAAAACGCUGUGAUUGAUGACGUAACAGCAACCACCUCCAAUGGCGAGAACACGAGAUUGAAGAAGAAGAAGAAGAAGAAAAUGGUGUCGAAGGAGAGAGAGAAGCGCGGCGUGUGCUAUUUGAGUCGAAUCCCACCUCACAUGGACCACGUCAAGCUUCGUCACAUUCUCUCUCAAUUCGGCGAUAUUCAAAGAAUCUUUCUGGCUCCUCAAGAUUCUGGUGCUCCAGUGCCUGCCAAGAGGUCCCGUGGAUCCCGAGACCAAGCGUAUUCAGAAGGAUGGGUUGAAUUCGCCAAAAAAAGUGUUGCUAAGAGGGUUGCCAAUAUGUUAAAUGGUGAACAGAUAGGGGGAAAGAAGAGGUCAUCGUUCUACUAUGACCUUUGGAAUAUUAAGUACUUGAGUAAGUUCAAGUGGGAUGAUCUGACUGAAGAACUUGCCUUAAAGAAAGCUAUUCGGGAGCAAAAGCUGGCUGUAGAACUUUCUGCUGCCAAGAGAGAGAGAGAUUUCUACCUGUCCAAAGUUGAUCAAUCACGUGCUUUGAAUGCUAUAGAGGAGCGACUAAAGAAGAAGCAAAAAAUUCAAGAAGACUCGGGACAAGUCACGAAAGUGAUUCGCCAUUUCCCUCAGACAAAGCCGAUAGCUGCUAACGCAAAAGAAAGUAAACCUGAGCUCUCUGACGAUAUACUGGAUGCUGUAUUUGGUGGGUCGUAAUGCAUGUAAACCUUCAACAGCAGGAGCCAAAAAGUACAUUGCAAUUUUUCUGUGUACUUGGUUCCCGAUCGCCGAUGAUUUUUUUUAUGUAUAUUAUUAAUGUGUAAUGAUUUUUCUAGAGAACACUUUCUUUUUUAUCUAGGUUUUCGAAAUGAAAUCAAUGCAAUAUGCACACUUAAAACAUAGAAUGAGGUAAACGGGAUUUGAAUUUGUAAGUUGGGCAGGAUUUGUUAUAAAUGAAUCGUUUUGACAGUGCUGCGAACCGUCCAAUUAUGAAAUGUAGACACCCAAAUAUGUUGUCUAGAAUGGGAGUACUUUGAUUCCAGUGUAGGUUAUUUGAAUCUUAUUUUGUGUUCAAUUUUAUUUUAAAUUCUAUGCUAUCACGAUUCUUUAAUGAAGAGUUGAUAAACUACAUUGUACAAUUCUGUGUAACAAAUGUUCUCUUUCUAAUCAAUGCAAUUUUUUCCUGUUUUCAUAUU